AUGGCGAAAAAGAAAGGACGGCGCAAUAACGGCUCGAGUUCCUCUAGUUUCAACGCUAGAGCCAAGGCUCAGCGCGAAAAGGCGCACAGAGAGUUCUAUGACGACGACGAUUACUCGGACGACGAAUACUAUUACUGCCCUCAGCACAAUUGCUACCAUCAUCGCCACCAAUAUACCAACUAUGCGCCCCGACGUGAUGAUCAUGGGUUCCGUCCCCAAUCUGAAGAGCCCGAGCCUGAACCCGAGCCUGAACACGACCACAGCAAAGGCAUCCAUCUCUGCCCACAAUGCCAUGACAGGGCAGCGCAUCUGCUAGGUUUACUAGAGCUACAUGAUACCAAAUGGCUGGAUGACUGCCUUUUCGCCCUCAACUGGAGCAUAUAUGGUGGGCUCGUUUCUGCCGCUGUACUGUACCGUCCCUUCCAUUUGGCCCGCGACUCUGACGCGCAUUGGCUUAUACGGUGGCCCUGGAUCAUCAGCUGGCACUGCAUGGUGGUGUCCUUUCUUGUUGGCCUAAUAUUGAAAUCCUAUUUCAUCAAGCCGUUCAAGAGAAUCGUCUACGACAACAAACUCUCCAGAGCCCUUUCGGAUACCAUCGAACUUCGACACAAGCUCAGUACGCAGCUCGAUCAUUACAACGUUCGGAAGCUAUGCUGGGGCGUUCUUAGACUUUUUAUCCUUGGGACCACGCUCGCUGGAGCUGGCAUCAUAACUCUCGUGCUUGGUCGCUUUGGGACGGUACUUCAUGGCGUAUGGCAUCCCGUGAAAUAUAUCACCCUCCUUCCCUUACGCCUUUCCAAAUGGGUGCUUCGAGGCAUUGGUUCUCAUUCCAAAAGCGUUAUUCGUCUCGCCGAUCGUGUCGGUCGCAUGAUAGGCAGGAAUGCCACGAAAUCGGGAACACUCCUCCUCUCCUUUGCCAAACUUUACGGACGCACGCUUGCCGGGUUUUCCCGGUCUCUGGUCAUUUUUGCCAUGGACCUCGGCAAGUUGCUCCUUUUGACCGCCGUCGCCAUCGCGUCCAUCAUGGUAUUCGUACUUGUGUACAACGUGGUUCGAGGAACCUCGCUGAAAGGCCCAUCAGCCGGAGAUCCAGAUGCCGCCCACACGACCCGUGGAUUGCCCAAAAACGCCACCCCCCGAAGACCGUUAAACACACCUCUUCCCGCGUACGAGUCACUAAAUGGGGACAUGCCUACAGGCAAUCCUGAGAAGAAGACCAACUUGCGGCGCAAAAAGCAUAAGGAGGGCGUGGACGUAACGGCCUGA